UAUGCAAAUAUGGUAAAUAGCAUAUUUGCAUAUUAUUGCAGAGGCAGUAGCCUCAAUAUGGUAAUCAUUUGACUUAUUGUUUUAAAUAAUAAUUUAUGAAUCAUAACGUAAUCACUAUAAAAAUAGUAAAACUUUCUAACUUCAUAGGUAAAAUAAAACAAUGGACUUUCAGCACAGACCUGGAGGAAAGACUGGUUCAGGAGGAGUAGCAUCAUGGUCUGAUACAAAUAGAGACAGGCGAGAACGUCAACGGCAGUUAGCUUUAGAAACUAUUGAUCUGAACAAAGAUCCAUAUUUUAUGAAAAACCAUCUUGGUUCAUAUGAAUGCAAGUUAUGUUUGACCCUUCAUAAUAAUGAGGGGAGUUAUUUAGCUCACACUCAAGGAAAGAAACAUCAAGCUAAUCUAGCUAGAAGGGCUGCAAAAGAAGCAAAAGAAUCACCAGCCCAACCAGCUCCCGCAAAACCUAGAGUUGACAUUAAAAAAUUUGUAAAGAUCGGUCGUCCCGGUUAUCGGGUAACUAAACAACGAGAAAGCGAAACCGGUCAACAAAGCCUUCUCUUUCAAAUUGAUUAUCCAGAAAUCGCAGAAACAGUCACCCCUCGUCAUCGUUUCAUGUCCGCUUACGAACAGAAAGUAGAGCCACCAGAUAGGAGAUGGCAAUACUUGUUAUUUGCAGCCGAACCAUACGAAACUAUAGCAUUUAAAGUACCAAGUCGUGAAGUUGAUAAAAGUGAAGAAAAGUUUUGGACAAUGUGGAACAGAGAAACUAAACAGUUUUUUUUACAAUUUAGUUUUAAAGUAGAUCAAAAAAUCAAACCAUUGAUGCCUGGACAACCACCACCUAUGAUGGCACCCACUGGUCCACGUCCCAUGGGACCACCACCUCUCAGCAUGCCUCCGCCACCGGCGCCAAUGAUGCAUCCUCCUCCACCUCGACCGGUGGGACCUCCUCCACCACCUCCACCACCUCCCCCUCCACUUCCAAACAUGCCUCCUCCUCCACCUCAUUUUUCACAUCUUCCUCCUCCACCUCAACCACCUGGUCCACCACCUCAGUGAAUUUUCUAGCAUUUUCAUUGUUCAGAAAAAAUAAAAACCAAUUUUUAUGUAUUAAUCAUUUUUCCAGUGUUUAGAAAAUUUAAUCUGUAAUAAUCAUAUCAUACAAGUUCCAUUUGAUUAAUAAAUUUUAAAAUAAUGAGUAAGAAAUUCUGAUUUAUAAAAAAAAAAUAUUACAUUUGAACCUAUUUUGGUGUGGCGCCAUCUACUGUAAAGAUCUUCAGUUAUACGGCCUCACAUGGAAAAUCUCUUAGAUUCAGAUUUUGAGAAUCAAUACAUAUGGCGACAGUAAACAUCAAAAUUACUCAUGUAUAUCGAUCCGUGCGGCUACCAAAUAAUUUUCUCUUGUCGACUCGUUAUUUUCUAAAUGUAGGCUUAUGUAAUUCGAAAAAUCAACCGUCGUAUAUAGGUCUUAUGCGAAUAAUUAAACUUACGAUUUAUUUCAUUAUUAUUAUUUGUUCAUUUAAAAUGAAAAUUGUACGCGUAGUUUUGAUGUAUUUCAUUAUUAAUAUUGCAGCAUCACUCGUUUUUUUGCCGCAGUACGAAGUAUAAAAUAUGUUACAUUCACUGCAUGGUAUUUCAUUUCGAAACGCACGUAAACUUUUGUAAACUGUACGCAUUAAUAUAGAAAAAAUAUAUUUGUUUUUAAAUAUUUUCUUAUUAUAUAUAAACUUCACGGUCGUGAGAGUUGUGAUAAUGCUAUAGGACGAGUUCCGGUGUUCGUUUGUUGGGUUGACCCCGGUCAAUGGCUCCACGUGUUACGAGUACCCAGGGGUGACUCUCCUGCUCAUGGGACCGCGGCUGUUCCUGUGAUUGUUCUUGAUACAAUCGUCUUUAUAAAUUACUCUACUUUCAUAUAUACUUCAGUAUUUAUCUCUCUGCUGUAGCGUAUAUAGUGGUAACGAUAACGAAAGUUUAAAAAAUAUUUUUAAUAGCAAUUCCUGUUUAUUUUCGACUUUUUAUCGGUUUCCUUCGUUACAUAUUGCUUUAUAUGUGGUAAAACUCGAUCAUAUUUCUGUAAUUUUAUUUCUUAUGCAUUUUUUAAAGCUAUAAAUUCAAUCUAGAUUUCUUUCUCUAGAGAGAGGGCGGAGAGAAAAAAAGCAUGUUUAUUAGUAUUCUUAUAUAAAAGAAAAAGAAAUAUAUGACGCUGUUUAUCACAAAUUUUAGAAUUACAUGAAAGUAUUUCUAUACCUGUGUGAAGGGAGAAAUUAGUUAUUUUAUCAAGGGAUUAGACUUUGCAGAAUUAAAUGCGUGGCAUUUCAAAAUUUGACGAGGAAGUCUGAGAAAAACGGGUUUUGUUGCUGUGACUGCUUCUCAUAAUAGAACGUUAACCUAUAGAUGCAAUGUAGAUGUUAUAACCUCGUCUGUUUCUCUUAAUUAAUUGAAAAAAUAUACACAAAAGAUUGGAAAAAAUUAUAUUCGCAUCUAUGCAAACUAUUUAAGAAACUCAAUUUAUUAUUUAAACUUCAUUUAUAUAUAUCUAUAUUUUUUGACAGAAUUAUAGCAUAUCCCAGCUAAUACUGCAUCGAAAAGGUUACCACUUGAGAUACCCCAAUCGGUGCACUUCGCUCUUUGUUCAAGUAUAUUAAAUGAUAUCUUAUGCGAUAAAGUCUGGAUAGACGAAUGAACGUCAUGAAAACAUCAGCUAUAUCGUGUAAAUGAUUCCAAUUCGCAUGUUUAUCCAAGAAUCAUAAUCCAGAGAAAUUUCACUGAUAAGUCAUCAUUUUUUCUUAAAUC